GGCAGCGCUCGCCAUUGCCGCUGGUGGCAGGAGGCUGCGAGGAGCCGGCGCGGUCGCAGUCUCCACGGCGCAGGCCCACGGUAGCGCAGCCGCUCUGAGGCAGAGUAAUAUGUGGUCCGCAUUUUGUUUCCCAUUCGCCCAUUGAUGGACAUUCGGGCAGCUUCUACCUUUCGGCUGUUGGGAAUACUGCUGCUAUGAACAUGGGCAUACUCGUGUCUCUUUGAGACCUGCUUUCAAUUCUUCUGGAUAUUCAUGGAGGAACACGGAGUGACCCAAACUGAACACAUGGCUACCAUAGAAGCCCAUGCAGUGGCCCAACAAGUGCAGCAGGUCCACGUGGCCACUUACACUGAGCACAGUAUGCUCAGUGCUGACGAAGACUCCCCUUCUUCCCCCGAGGACACCUCCUACGAUGACUCAGACAUCCUCAACUCCACGGCAGCUGAUGAGGUAACUGCCCAUCUGGCUGCGGCAGUGCUGGGGAUCAAACCCAGGGCCUCGCAUAUACUAGGUCCUGUGGGAAUGGCUGCUGCCGCUGCUGUGGCAACAGGGAAGAAGCGGAAACGGCCUCAUGUGUUUGAGUCUAAUCCUUCUAUCAGGAAGAGACAGCAAACACGUUUGCUUCGGAAACUUAGGGCCACAUUAGAUGAAUAUACUACUCGAGUGGGACAACAAGCUAUUGUUCUCUGUAUCUCACCCUCCAAACCUAACCCUGUCUUUAAAGUGUUUGGCGCGGCACCUUUGGAGAAUGUGGUGCGAAAGUACAAGAGCAUGAUCCUGGAAGACCUGGAGUCUGCUCUGGCAGAACACGCCCCUGCGCCACAGGAGGUUAAUUCCGAACUGCCACCUCUCACCAUCGACGGGAUUCCUGUCUCUGUGGACAAAAUGACCCAGGCCCAGCUCCGGGCAUUUAUCCCAGAGAUGCUUAAGUACUCCACGGGCCGGGGAAAGCCAGGCUGGGGGAAGGAAAGCUGCAAACCCAUCUGGUGGCCUGAAGAUAUCCCAUGGGCCAAUGUCCGCAGUGAUGUUCGAACAGAAGAGCAAAAGCAGAGGGUUUCAUGGACACAGGCACUCCGGACCAUAGUUAAGAACUGUUAUAAGCAACAUGGGCGGGAAGACCUUUUGUAUGCUUUUGAAGACCAGCAAACACAAACACAAGCUACCACUACACACAGUAUAGCCCAUCUUGUCCCGUCACAGACUGUAGUGCAGACCUUUAGCAAUCCUGACGGCACCGUCUCGCUCAUCCAGGUUGGCACAGGGGCCACAGUAGCCACGUUGGCUGAUGCUUCAGAACUGCCAACCACAGUCACUGUUGCCCAGGUGAACUACUCUGCUGUGGCUGAUGGGGAGGUGGAACAAAAUUGGGCCACGUUACAGGGAGGUGAAAUGACCAUCCAGACGACGCAAGCCUCAGAAGCCACCCAGGCAGUGGCGUCAUUGGCAGAGGCCGCAGUGGCAGCUUCUCAGGAGAUGCAACAGGGAGCUACUGUCACCAUGGCGCUCAACAGUGAAGCUGCCGCCCAUGCUGUCGCCACACUGGCUGAGGCCACCUUACAAGGCGGGGGACAGAUAGUCCUGUCUGGAGAAACCGCAGCAGCUGUCGGAGCACUUACUGGAGUCCAAGAUGCUAAUGGCCUGGUCCAGAUCCCUGUGAGCAUGUACCAGACUGUGGUAACCAGCCUCGCUCAGGGCAACGGGCCAGUGCAGGUGGCCAUGGCCCCAGUCACCACCAGGAUAUCGGACAGCGCAGUCACCGUGGACGGCCAGGCUGUGGAGGUGGUGACAUUGGAACAGUGACAUGCAGCCCUGGCGUGGCGUCGUUUUCUACUUCAAAGUUUUUUACACGUUUGCAGAGGUGCAAUCAGACGGAAUUAAGUCUCUGGACUUUAGAAGAAAAGUUUCGUUAACCUUUUUUUAAAAAGGAACCAAGAAAGGCAGCAGAUUUUGGAAUUGCAUUUUUUUUAAAGCACCACUCUUGAUUUUAUGGGAUUGGUGGAGUAAGAAACUGCACUGUCAAUUUCACUGUCCCAAAAAAGCCAAAUUGUGGCAGGACUUCUUUCUGCAGAAAUGUGUGUAUACUUCUGUGUGUGUAUGUGUGAGUGUGAUAUAUGUCAAUGUGUAUAUGUGGACAUACACAUUUACAUAUAUAAAUAUAAGAUAUAUAUAAGCAUACAUAUAUAUGUAUGAAACCCGCAUGGAAUUAUCUGUAUGAAAUCGAGGUGAGCUGUGGAAAUGAUAAUCCACCCAGUGUGGUGGGUGGUUAGGGUACAUGGCCAGACACAGUCACCUGGGUUUUGUUCAUACCAGGGUCAUGCGUUAAGCUACUGACAGACUCAGGCAGAGGUGACCAUGCCCUUCACCGAAGCUGCCUCCCAGUGGCCGCCCAGAACUCUGCCCGAUUCCCGCGAGGGAAGGAGGUUCCAGGAUGUGGUGUGGUCCAGAAAACGAUGACAAAGUCCAGGCACCAGUGGUCUGCCCGUGGAGACAGUGCUGACCAUGCUUCAGGCCGGGGAAUGACCUGCAGCCUCCAGGCAGAGACCAGAGGGGCUUUUCUCAGCCUUCCGUCUCCUCCUCCCAGGAAGCCGCCUUUAGCUCGUGACUGUUGCAGAGUUGCUUUGGUUGUGAGGUCAGUCCUAAAUUGGUCAUGUAUAUGAAUUGAAGGUAACAGAAGUAUUAAGGGUCUGAGGAGUGUCUGUGAAGUAUGCGUGUGUGUGUGUGUGUGUGUGAGUGUGUGUGUGUGUGUGUGUGUGUGGUUGGGGAGAGAAUGGGAAGAGGUGGGAGAGCAGGAAAGGAGGGAAGGAGAGAGAUCAUAGACCAGGGUACACCAGUGGAAACCAUGUUAUCUAGCUGUACCUGAACCGAAGAGACUGCUUGCUAUCCAAGGGACCUCUGGCUGAGGAAGGCAGGCCAACACAAGGGGUGUGUCAGAAGAGAAGGGACCAUGUUCCCAGAUUCAGCCCUGCUUGCUUCUGGAGGACUCUGAGGGCCAUUUGCCCAGAGGUAUCCUGGUGGUCCAGCCCCAGACAGCGUUCGAGCUCACCGCGUGGAUGGACUGGGCGUUCACUGUCACUGUUAAAUUCUGCGCUUUCCCAGCUACAAGUCCCAAGUCUCAGACUAAACUCAGCUGACUUUUCAACAGGCCAAAUCUCUUCUCCUUACGUACAGGGACACCUCUUCCCUCCUCCUCCCAGGUCCCCUCCACAUGUGUGAUAGUGUAUUUAAUGUGUUUUUUUUUUUUUUUUUAAUGAGACAUUAAAAGAUUCUUCAUGUCUUGCUCAACCUUUGAGAAAGUUUCAGAUUCUUGUAUUUGUUUUAUAUAAAACUAUCCAAUGUUCUUUGUAUGUUCUUUUCUGUACGUAAUGCGGGAGGGAUGGGAGAUUUACAUAUAAACAGUCCUAGUUCUACAAUUUGUUAUUUUUUUAAUGAUUAUUUUUUAUCAUCAUUGUGAAACUGUCCAUGGGCUUUAAAGUCCGCAUUCCUUUGUGGUGAAAUGACCUCCCAAUAGUUUGAAAACUUGCCAAGAAGAAGAAAAAAAGCAAAAGACCAAUAGCAGAGCAUGGAUUCUGUGUUGUUUCCCAUUCUGUCUAUACUGCCUCAUUCAAUAAAUAGUCUAAAAUGUG